AUGCUUUAUUCUUCAUUAAGUUUAAAAAACAUAAAAGAAAACUUUUUUUAUGAUACUCAAGAAAUAUUACCAUUUAAUAAAAAUAAUUAAUUAAUAAAAACAUUAAACGAAAAAAAUAUACAAGAGAAAGAUUGCAAUGUAUUAUUGACAUAAAAAAGUAAAAAUAUAGUUUUCUAUAAACAUUUUUUUUUUUUAUAAAUUAAAAAAAAAAAAAAUAGAUAAGAAAUAAACAAUAAUAAGAAAAAACAAUUAAUAUACAAGUAUAAUAAAUAUUAUAUUGUUACAUAUAUUCAUUUGAUUAAAAAUAAAAAAGUAAAUUAAAUAUAAAGAAGUGAUGCUAAUUUAAGUGAAAAAAAUUUAAAGAUAAAAAAAUAAUAAAAGCAUUAUUUAAAAUAUAACGAUAUUGUAUAUUUCAAAUAUUAUGUGGGUAAACAAAAGGGAUUAAUAUCGGGUAUAUUUUUCUUUUCUUUAAAGAUAUUAAUAAAUAUAUAUAUAAAAAAAAUAUAAGGAGAUGGAAUAUCAUAUAAUACAUUAUAAUGUAUACCAGUUAUUAAAAAUAUUGGAGAUGAAAAUUUCGAAGAAUCCAUAAUAAAUGAAGUGGAUGAAAAAAAAUAAUAAGAAGAAGACGAAUUAAAAGAAGAAGAAUUAUUAAAUAAAAACCCUUUAUUAGAAUUCAGAAAAUGUUUAUUUCGUAUAACAAAUGCAAAAAAUUAUUACUACCAAAAUUUAUUAUAAAAAGAAAGAAUUAAUUUAUAAAAACAAAAAAUAACCCAAAAUAUAUUCGAUGAAUACGAAAAGAAAGCGAAAGAGGAAGAAAUGGAAUACAAAAAAAAUUAUGAAACAAAAAUUGGAUAAAAUAUAUUAUAUGGGUAAGAAAUAUAAUUGGUGCAUAUAUUUAGUGGAUUUAACCUAAAAAUCAAUUAAAAUAAACUUGCAUUUGAGAAUUGUUGUAAAGAGGUUUGUUUAGUAAAAAAACCGAAUUAAUGGUGCAAUUUUAUAAUAAAUUCAGCCUAUAGUUAAAAAAAUUAAGGCGAACCUGUUCUUUAUUCAGAUUAAAUUUUCUUAUGUAAUGCAUUAAAUUAAGAUUUUUAAAUUAAUAUAUCAGUAAAUUAAGAAAUUAUUAACAUUAAAAAUCCUAAAAAUUACAUAUUUAAAAUUAAUUAGAAGUAAAUAGUACUGAUAAAUCAGUUCCGUUAAAAAUAAAAAAUUUAUUGGUUUAAGUAAAGAUUAAUUAAAUAAUCAAAAUUUAGAAAAAAUUAACUUUAAUCAGGAAAUUUAAUUUAUAUAAUAAAUGGUAUUUCUAAAUCAUAAUUAUUAGUAAAUUAAAAAACUGAUUUUAAUUCAUUAUUGAAAAAGAAAAUUAUUUAUUAUAAAAAUAAUGAUCAUGAUACAUAUAUUUAUGAAUAAAAGCUUGAUUUUAUUGAUUAUAACUUUUUAAAUACUAAAAUUUAAUAAUAAUACGAAUUAUGUACUUAAUCUUUAACUUUAGAAUAAGAAGAAUAAGAUAAAAAUUAAAUAAAAAGAAUAUAGUCUGUUUGGGAAAUUUAAAAAUCAAAUAGCUUUGAUUCUGAAAUAUGCAAUCUUAAUUAAUAAUAUAAAAUAAAAAAUGUCUACUCAGGUUUAUUUUUAUGUAUAAAUACAUAAUAAUAGCUAUCUUUAACUUUCAAUGGAAAUUGUAAAGAGGCUUUAUUUACUUUUAAUCCUAAAAAUAGUACUGUUUAAGAAUUUCCAUUUGUAAGGUUAAAAUAAGAUCUUAAGAUUUAACAAUAUUACAAUAGUUAAACUUUGUAGUUAUUUUGUGAUGUCUAAGAAUUAGAAAAACAGCAUAAAGUUACUUUGAUUGAUAAAAGAAAUGUCGAAAAAUUAAGAAGGAAUCAAGUUAAAUUUUAAUUAACAUUAGUUGAUAUAAAAUUAAGUAAACUUGUUGAUAGAAUUCAUUCUGUUAUUACUUAUUUAAUUAAUUUUUAUUUUUUUAUGUAAAAAUGGGGACUAGAGAAAGUUGAUGGGAAAUUAUUUUAUACAUAUUAAUAAGUAUUUGAAAAUUAGAAACAAUUACAUAUAAAAAUAGAAUAAUUAGAAUAUUGUUUAAAAUAUAUAUUAAAUUAUUUAAAAAGUAAUAAUAAACUUAAAUAAAAAUAAGAAAUUCUUUUAGAUUCCGAUAUAACAGUUAUUAUUUAUAAUAUUCUAAAAAUAAUUAUCUGUAAAAUGUAUGAAUAAUAUAAUCUAAAAUAAUAAAAAUUUGCUAAAACACCACAUAAGUUUGCAAAUACUAAAUUGUAGUUUUUUAAAAAUAUAAUAUUAAAUAUAUUAAUUAUUUAUUUUUUAAAAAAGUGUUUAUAUUAAUGUGUAUAUGAAAAUUAUAAAUGCUGUUAAUAUUUUCUUUGUUUAUAAGAUGAUGAUUUUCUUCUAAAUCAAACUUAUCUUUAUCCUACAGAAGCAUCAAAUUUAUUAACCGAAAUUGUUAAAAGAACAAUAAAUGGAAAUACUUAAAAGACUGUAGGUUAUUUUAUUGAUAAAUUAGAUUCUAUUAAUUAUAAAAAUAUUCAAAAAUAAACUUUUAUUAUUAAUUUGCUAUGUCUAUGUCUUUGUGAUAAUUUAGAUAAUCCAAUCAAAUAAUUCUAAAAUAGUUGCAGGAAAUUUAUUUUUAAAUAAUAUAAAAGUUGCGUGUCCGCAAAUAGUUAAGAAAAUUAAGAAUUUCUUUGUCCUAUUUAAUAUACGCUAAUUAAUUUUGAUUUAAUAAAUAAUAAACCAAUUGUUAUUUUUAAUAAAAAUGGUUAUAUAAAAAUAUAUAUAUAUAUAAAAAAAAAAAAAAAAUUAAAAAAAUAAUAAUAAAAGGAAAUUCAAAUUUCGAAUAGAAUAAUUAAGAAAUAAGAAAAAUAUAUGAAUAAAAAAAGGUCUAAAAUCCCUUAAAAUACAAUCAAGUUUAAUCUAAUAGUUUUGAAAUAUCUUUUUUAGAUUAAAUAGAAGUGA